AUGAAUACAUCAACAAGCGACUCGGCAUUAUUCUUACCUCCAAUAUUUCAAGUAACCAGUAUGGACUACCUCUUCGAAAAAGAUCUCACGCUCAACACAAGCAACAUCCCAACGUCGAGAGAUUAUUCAUCGUUCUAUCGAAUUGUUAUACGCUGCUUAAGUUUCUAUGCUCUUAUACUCGUGAUUAUUGGUACAUUAGGAAAUUUCCUAACGAUAAUUGUUCUUUGCCGGAGAAACUUAAGACGGUUCGUCACAAUGAGAUAUUUAAUUGCGGUUAGCGUUUGUGAUAUUAUUUCGUUAUAUGGUUGGAAUUUAAAUAAUUUCUACAAGUUUACUAUUAGCUCGAAUGGUACAAAUUUAGAAGAGAAAUCUCUGGUACAUUGUCGAGUGAUGUCGUAUUUGACAUUUGUUGGCUUACAAUUGUCAAGUUGGUGUUUAACAGCUGUUAGUUUAGAUCGCUGUUUGAGCCUAUACUUCCUUACCUGGAAACACAAAUAUGGCAAGUUAGCACGAACUAAAUAUCAUAUCGCAUUUCUAGCCAUCAUUUGUUUACUUUUGAAUUCGCAUAUUCUCUUUGUCAACGGUUUUCGCACUGGCCCUCCGGAAAAUACAAUCCGAUGCUAUCGAACUCGUUCGAACAAAUUCUACAUAUAUCCACAAUGGGAACGUGUACAUCUGGUGGUCUACAAUCUUUGCCCAUUUAUUAUCAUGCUCUCUUGCAAUACUUAUAUUAUACAUGCCACUAUACGUUCGGCACGUAUUCGUACGAUAAGACGAGCGGCAAACGGCUCGUCGAAAGGUGUUUUUUCGGGUGCAUCGCGACAUCGACAACUAUCGAUUAUGCUAAUGUUAGUCACAUUUGCAUUUGUAAUCUUGACAUUACCGUCGUGUAUCUACUUUGUUUUCUUUCGUCAUCGAAUGCCAGCGAAUAAGAAUUCCCGUGCUUUUCGUCAUAUGGUACAAAUCUGUCUUGGAAGUGUACAGUUUACAUCCCAUGCAAUCAACUUUUUCUUAUAUUGCUUUUCGGCGACGAACUUUCGUGACGAGUUGCGUGAUUUACUACGAGAUCUGUGUUUACAUCGUUCAACAGACUCGAAAUUUCGCCAAUCGAGAACAACAACAGUGAGAUUGACAACAUUUCAUAAGUCGAGACGAGUGAAACAACAGCUCGAUUCCGGAUCAACAUCCGACAAUUCACAUGUUGAACGUAAUCAUAUUCUCAAGUCACCAGAUACUGAAAAAGUUUUCGUGAAAAUUCUUCCCAAAGUGGAUGACUACCGUGAUAUCGAAAAUACCCCAAACUAA